AUGGAGUGCGAGUGCGUUUCAAGACAGUGUGUUCAGGAUCUUAGGCAAGAAAUAGAAAAGGAGGGAACUGCCAGACAACAUGGAGAUACGCUAGAGAAAAGAGGUAUUUCUGUGGACAAUUUAUUGAAUCCAUCAAGGGAAAACCAUUCGAAGAAAAUUAAGCACUUUCGCGGUCAGGUGAGUUUCUGUCUUGGUCGUUCUACUACAGUAGUCAAGGCAAUUUUGGAAUAUUGUGAGAUGUAAUUUGACAGUUAUGUGUUUGUUCUUGCUUCCUCUUAAGAUCAACAAAAGUAUCAAGGAAAAGCUCCUCGAAUUUGGACCGAAAAACGCGAACUUAAUAACAUUUUCCGAGGUAACAUACGAACGCCCAGGAGGAGUAUGGGAUGCGCUUUUAGCUAAGUGGAUCAAAAAAAAUCGUGGCGAUACCGAUGGGUCUUCCACUAGCAGUUCUACUCUCAGUGACCGGAUGUCAAAUUUAAGACCUCCAUCCCCGUCACAGGAGGAUGUCACCCAAGAGCGUGUAGCACGAGAUCUUAUUUUCUCCAUCGAAGAACAACACAGCCUAUCCUUCUUUGAUAGUAAGUUUCCACUGUUUGGCUUCAUGAGAGAAGUUGCUACAAAUGAGAACAAACAUCCCAAGUUGUAUCUUUGGCAAGGAGAAGCUGAUGCCAUUGCAGGCAGUUGGAAACUCAAUAAGUAUGUCAUCGUGGAGUUUAAAGUAGUCGACAAUUUGUCGGAUUAUUGGCAAAGCAAAACCGUUUUAUUCAGGAAGCAUUUGCAUCAGUGCUUGGUUUAUGCGAAGCUUCUACAGCUGCACAUGAAGCUGAAAAACUUACCUCCCAGCCUCAUAGUAGUCAUCCAUAAAGUUACCGGGAAAGAAGGAUGCUUCGUGCUGUUUGAAAACUACCCUAAAGAGUGCUAUGAGAAGCUUGAUGAGUAUGAGUGGUUCACUGACCAGCCCCCGAAACGUCCUCUCAAGAUAGCGAACACUGACAAGCUCUUGCAUGAAAAUUUUCGACAUAUGUGCCGAGAUGUGGUGGUUCCUCCUGCACCAACAAAGCUGUCAGAUAUUUUUGGAGAGGACGCCACACUGAAGGACCUUCUGGAUUCCCUUGGCUACGAUUCCCUUGAGAUCUUCCGACAGGAACGAUAA